CCCACGCUCCACGCCGGCCACCAUUCACCACCACCGCCGCAGCCAUGGCUAUCCAGAAGAAGCACGGCAAGGGCCGUCUCGACAAGUGGUACCGCCUCGCCAAGGAGAAGGGCUACCGUGCGCGUGCCGCCUUCAAGCUGAUCCAGCUGAACAAAAAGUACAACUUCCUCGAGAAGAGCAAGGUCUUGAUUGAUCUUUGCGCCGCCCCGGGCUCAUGGUGCCAGGUCGCCUCUGAGGUCAUGCCCGCGGGCGCCCUCAUCGUCGGCGUCGACCUCGCCCCCAUCAAGCCCAUUCCCCGCUGCAUCACCUUCCAGAGCGACAUCACCACCGACAAGUGCCGCACCACCCUGCGCUCGCAUCUCAAGCAUCUCAAGGCCGACGCCGUCAUCCACGAUGGCGCCCCCAACGUCGGAACCGCCUGGGUGCAGGACGCCUUCUCCCAGGCCGAGCUCGUGCUGCAGUCGAUGAAGCUGGCCACCGAGUUCCUGGCCGAGGGCGGCACCUUCGUCACCAAGGUCUUCCGCUCCAAGGACUACAACGCCCUGCUGUGGUGCUUCCAGCAGCUGUUCAUGAAGGUCGAGGCCACCAAGCCGCCCUCGUCGCGAAACGUCUCCGCCGAGAUCUUCGUCGUGUGCCGCGGCUACAAGGCCCCCAAGAACCUCGACCCCAAGUUCCUCGACGCCCGCUACGUCUUCGCCGAGCUCGCCGAGCCCACCCCAAACAACGAGGCCAAGGUCUUCAACCCGGAGAAGAAGAAGCGCAAGCGUGGCGGUUACGAGGAGGGCGACUGGACCCAGUUCCACGAGGCCACCGUCGCCGAAUUCAUCGAGACGCCCGACCCGAUUGCCAUGCUGGGCAGUCUGAACAGGCUCACCUUCGAGCAAAAGGGCAAUGGCGACAUUGCUAUUGCUACCAUCGACAAGCUCAAGGAGACCACCAAGGAAGUCCGCAACUGCUGCGCCGAUCUCAAGGUCCUCGGCCGCGCCGACUUCAAGCGCCUGCUGCGCUGGCGUCUCAAGGUGCGCGACAUCUUCGGCUUCUCCAAGAAGCAAAAGGACGCCGCCGCCGCCAAGGAGGCCGAAGAGGCCGAGGAGGCCAAGGAGGGCGAAGAGGAGGCCAAGAUCGAGGACAUGGACGAGGAGAUGAAGCUGCAGGUCGAGCUCGAGCGCCUCAAGGACAAGGACUCCAAGCAGAAGCGCAAGCAGCGCCGCGUCGAGAACGAGCGCAAGCAGAAGGAAAUCGUCCGCAUGCAGAUGAACAUGGCGACGCCGUUUGACAUUGGUCUUGAGCAGGCCGGGCCCACCGGCGACGACUCCAUGUUCGCCCUCAAGGCGGUCGAGAAGGACGGCGCGCUGUCCAAGAUCGCCCGCGGCAAGAUGGCGCAGAUUGUGGAGAAGGAGAAGGAGGAGUCCAGUGAAGAGGAGUUCACGGACGAUGAGGAGGGCGACAAUCUCGAGCGCUACCUCGACUCGCAGUAUGACGAGUACGUCGAGCAAAAGUCCGCCCGCGACGCCAAGUACCGCGCCAAGCGCGCGCGGGGUGACAACGAGGACGGCGAGUGGAACGGCUUCUCCGACGGCGAGAAGGAGGAGAGCGACGACGAAGAGCUGGUGCAGGACGCCGACAGCGACAGCGACUCCAGCAGCGACGAGGAGGGCCCGAGCAAGCUGACCACCACGCUCGAGGGCGCCGAGAACGCCGACGGCCUGACGCGCCGCGCGCAGCGCUUCUUCGACCAGGACAUCUUCAAGGGCAUCGACGGGCUGGACGGGCUGGACGAGGAAGACGACGACAGCGGCAUCGACAUCGACGCCGAAGACGUCAAGAUGGACGGCGAAGACGUCACCAUGGCCUCCUCCUCCGAGGAAUUCAAACCCGCCAAAAAGGCCACCUUCGCCGACCCCGGCGACUGGUCCGACGACGACGCCUCCGCAAUCGAAGAAGUCGCCCGCGACGAAUCCCAAUGGGAGCACGACGACAUCCCCAUGAAAAACGGCAAACCGGACAUCGACAUCAUAACCGCCGAAGCCAUGACGCUCGCGCACCAAAUCGCCACCGGCGCGAAAAAGAAACACGACCUGCUCGACGACUCGUUCAACCGCUACUCACUCCGCGACGUCGACGGGCUACCCGACUGGUUCCUGGACGACGAAAACCGGCACUCGCAACUCCAACGCCCAACCACGGCCGCCGCCGCAAACGCGAUAAAAGAGAAAAUGAGAGCGCUGAAUGCGCGCCCGAUCAAGAAGGUCCGCGAGGCCCACGCCCGCAAGAAAUUCAAAGCCGCCCAGCGCCUGCUCAAGCUGAAGAAGAAAUCCGCCCUGCUCGCCGACGAAGAGGGCAUGACCGAAAAGGAAAAGGCGCAGAGUAUUGCCCGGCUCAUGAGUCGCGCCGCCAAGAAGAAGCCCAAGGGUAAGGUCACGGUUGUGGUGGCUGGAGGCGGGAAUCGCGGGAUCAAGGGACGCCCGAGGGGGACGAAGGGCAAGUAUAAGAUGGUUGAUGCGAGGAUGAAGAAGGAUAAGCGCGGGAUGGCGCGGGCGGAGAAGAGGGAGAAGAAGAGGCGUUGAGGAUGUAGUUGGGGUUAGACAGAAGGGGUGGUGGUGGGUUAAAAUAGAGGGAGGUGGUGGGAGGAGUGCAUUUCGCGGCGUUUGAU